ACAAAAAAAAUUAUUUUUACGAUGGAUUUCAAAUCGACAUAUUUGUUAAUAAUGUUUGCUGUAAAAGCUAUAAACGCCACAAGGAAUAUUUCUAUUUUCGAAGCAUACCCUUUCAUAGCAUAUUUCAAUGUGAUUCAAUGCUCACUGUUCUUCUUUUUCACCGCCGUCGUGCUCAUUACAACGGCCAUAAGUUUCUAUCAGACAACUCCGCCAAAGUUGACUUUCAGCAAGCCAAGUUUAUCGAGUAUUAUAUUGUUGUGGGCGAAGGUUCCUCGUAUAGAAGAAGCGUCUACACAAAUCCUGAAACUGGAGCCAGAACCGAGACAACUGGUGCAACUGAGAGCACUGCUUGUACUGGAACAGGAACAGAAACUGAAACUGGAACUGGAACAACAUUGA